AUGCAUCAAACGACGCGUCUCCUCGCUCUCCUGACGCUGCGUCAGUGCUUAAGCGACGGCAAACGAGCGUGUCUCACGGUCUUCCGAAGCAUUGAGGGGAAGUAUCGCUCUCGACAGCGACUUUGCAGCGGUUCCCGCCAGUUCCAGCGCCUCGUCGCCCCUUGUACAUUCUGUAAUAACGGCACGAAGACGUCGGAUCAAGCAUGGCGCCAAGUUGCGGCACUGGGCGUCGUUCUAGGCGGGUUGGCACUCACACAUGUUUCGCUCACGCUGGACUCUGAUGCGGCGCUGGAAAGCAGAACUACUCCGAAGAUUCGACGAGGAGGCAACAUCCACCACGAGUACGAGAUCUUGGACGAAGUGGUGGGGGAAGGAGGCUACUGUGUCGUGCAAAAAGGCGUGGACAGACGCACGGGGGAAGUCGUGGCUGUCAAGAUGCUGAGCAAGAGUGAGACGUCUGCGAGGGAGUUCUGGAGUGAAGUGGACGUGCUCCGAGUGGCUGGACAACACCCAAAUAUUUUGGAGCUACGGGGCACGUACGAGACGGAGGACUGCUGGUUUAUUGUGCAAGAGUUGGCUCAAGGUGGCGAGCUGUUUGACCAUCUGGUGGCCAAUGGAGCUUACUCAGAACGACAAGCUAGUGACACGAUUCGUCAAUUGUGUGAUGCAUUGCAGUACUUGCAUCGCAAGGGAAUUGUGCAUGGAGAUAUCAAGCCUGAGAACAUUUUGCUGCACAAAGGACGCAUGUGUUUAGUGGAUUUUGGCGUUUCCUUCCGUAUGGGUGAGCGCUUCUUUUGCGACUCCCAUUUGAUGGGGACUGUGGCGUACGCGGCACCGGAAACACUGGAGCAUGGUGCGUUGAUCCAUCGAAGGAAUGUUAGAGAUGAACUGAGAAAAGCCGGAGUGGACGAAGAUGCUGCGCAGAUGGACGAAAGCGAUGAGGAUCUUGAUGAUCAAGCGGGUCCGGAUGCGAUCAAGUUUGGACCCAAAUCCGACAUGUUUGCAUUGGGCAUUGUGCUCUACAUCUUGCUGUGUGGCUCGCACCCUUUCGACACGUAUAACAAUCUACCUGAUGAAGAGAUACGAAAGCGAAUUCUCCAAGGAAAGUUCCGCACACAGUCCCGGGCGUGGCGAUCUAUCUCGCCAUCCGCUCGUGAUUUGAUCCAGAAGCUGCUCGAGAUUGACCCUAACAAGCGAUUGAGUGCGGAGCAAGCGCUUCAGCACCCGUGGUUGCGUAAUCAGUACCAAGUUAGCCCAGAGCCGAUGAAAAACUCGGCUGAGCUGCUGGAAAAGUUCCAACGCGGACGUCGUCGCUUACGUGCAAGUAUUCUGGCCGUUCUUCUGAUCGAUGCCAUGGCUGAGAAUCUGGACGAGGAUGACAACCAAGAGCUGGAAAGUGUGAAGCGUACUUUUGCUUGGGGUCUCAGUUCAAGCGUCGAAGCGCUGAACGAGAAAACCAAUGCGCUUCUUUCUACUUUGCACUUCUUCGACAAAGAGGGUAAAGGAUUUAUUUCCAAGAGUGAUCUCGCGCGUGUGAGCGAGAGCUUGGGCAAGCAUAUGAGUGAAACUGAGCUGAACGAGAUGCUUGUAGGGGCCAGUGGUGAUCCCGAGCAAAAUGCGUCGUCUGUAGAGGCUGUCGAUUACGACAAUGUGAAGAUGACCAUAUCUACGCUGCGAUCUGCGACUUACCGUCCUGGCGAAGCCAUCAUUCGUGAAGGACACGCUGGCUCGCACAACGUCUACUUAUUGUUGGACGGUGAGGUCGAAGUUUCGUGUAAGAACCCCAUAAAGAAGUCUCAACCUACCGACGAGACUGACGAAGAUGCUUGUAUCUCAAGCACAUCGGCGUUUGACCGCACAGAUAGCUUUACCGGGUCCGUGCCACGUCCGCCUUGGCCAGAUUUCAUUCAAUCACGAUCGAAUACGUCGGGUUGUGAAGAGAUGAAGCUCCGGUGUUUGCCGAAGGGAACAUUCUUCGGUGAGAUCGAGUUGGUGCGUCCUGAUGGACGGUUCCUGCCUCGUAUCGCCACCUAUCGUUGCGCUGAAGGCAGCAGCACGCCAUGUAAAGUGUUGCAGCUUGUGGCAGAUGAUUUUUUGAACCUGAAGGGGACGUAUGAGUCGAUCAACAACCGCCUUGAGAAAACCGCGCACCGCCAUGUGCAGCAGCAUUUGCUUCGAUGUGUGGAAGCCGCAAAGGGGUCUGUAAAGAUGCGUACGCUCGGUACUGGUGACUUCAUCUACAGGGAAGGCGAUCCGUGCGAUUCAGUAUUCAUCUUGCUGGAUGGACAAGUGGAAGUUCUGAAAGCAAAAGAGGGAGUCGUUGUAGAAGAGCUGAAUCCUGGAGACUACUUUCCGCUGGGUGUACCAGGUCAAACCGAACCAUGCAAGAUUGCCACCCGUCACUCAAGUGUUCGAUGUACUCAGCCCGUGAAAGUGGUCGAAAUUGGUGGCGAGACUUUUCGCAGUUUCCUAAGCAGCAACAAGUUCCUAGCCGCAUACUUCCGUGAGGAGGUCAUGGUGCGGGAGCGACGGCGUCUUGAUCGGUUGACGACGGCAUUAUAG